AUGAGUGCACCACAGCCUGGCGGACCCUCUUCGUCGUCGGCAUGGACUCACGUCCAAUUCGACACGACCAUUGGAACGUUUGUUGUCGAACUGUAUUUUAAUCACGCUCCUCGAACAUGCUACAACAUGGCAGCAUUGGCAAACACUGGAUACUUCGAUGGGGUGAGCUUUCACCGAAUUAUCAAGGAUUUCAUGAUACAAGGAGGGGAUCCUUCUGGAACGGGAAGAGGGGGCGAGAGCAUCUAUGGUGGCAAAUUUGAGGACGAAAUCACUCGCAACCUAAAACACACGGGAGCUGGUGUAGUAUCAAGUGCGAAUGCUGGGCCCAAUACUAACGGGUCUCAAUUCUUUGUCACCUUAAAACCAACGCCUUGGUUGGAUGGGAAGCAUACCAUCUUUGGACGCAUCUACUCGGGGAUGGGUGUCAUUCAGCGCAUGGGAAUGGUCGAAGUAGAUGAUAAGGAUAAACCCAAACAUCCAGUCAUCAUCCACAAAGCCACACCCUUCCGAGGACCACCACCACCCAAGUCUGAACAGCAAGCGCGGGCACAACACUUGCAAAUUGCUGCUUCUUAA